AUGAACGUAGAAACUCAGCCCCUCUCCGAACGAUCUUGGUUCAUGCAUCUACUAGAGACACUUAUCAGACCAUUUCGACCACGUCUCGUCGCUCCGCCUUCCAAUUUGGAGUCCAAGCUAGAAUGGUCGAAAACUGGUUCACCCAGGUUGUCUGUGUCCAGCUCUUUGAAGACGAACUGCGUAGUUACCGAAAGAUGCAUACAUUAUAUAUGGUGCUAUAACAUAGAUAUAAAGCAGAACCAUAGACAGGAUGGAGAAGUAGAAAGAAAGAAAGGCAGGGUAUUAUAUUUUGCUGGAGGGGGAUUCCAUGCGCCACCUUCCUCACAGCAUUGGAGUCUUAUUUUGGAGUUCGCACGGCGAUUACCUCAAUUUCACCUCACUCUCGUGUCUUACCCUUUGUCGAUGAAAAGUACAGCGUCCGCUGCUAUUCCAGCACUCUCCCAUAUGUACCAUGAAUUAGCAUCUGAAUCAAAACGCAACGGUCAAGAAUUGAUACUUGCUGGAGAUAGUUCAGGAGGAAACGUCGCACUCAGUUUAGCUCUCCAUGUGCUUUCAUCAUCUUUUCCUUCAAAGGAUGCUAUUGCACCUAGAUCCAUUAUGCUCAUCUCUCCGGUCGUGGACUGCUCGAACAGUAAUCCUGAAAUGACAAAAGUGAGCAAGGUGGAUCCAGUGUUGACUACGCAGUACACCGGAUAUGUGGCUAGAAAAUGGAGAGGGGAUUUAGCGCCGUCUGAUCCGUUGGUUUCGCCUGUUCACGCCGAUCUCGCCAUACUGAAGCAGAACGGUGUACAAGUAAAUGGAAUAGUGGGAACUUGGGAUGUUUUAGCACCGGAUACUUUAGAGUUUAUAGAUAGGUGCAAGGCGGUAAAGGUCGACGGAAGCUGGUGUAUUGCUGAAGGCCAGAUGCAUUGUUUCCCCUUAACAUGGAAAUACAGACUGACUGACGGUAUCAAAGGGAAAGAAUGGAUUAUCAAUACAAUGAUCAAAUCGAUAUAA